AUGGGCUCGGCGCCUUCAUGCAGCCAUCGCGUGGGAUGCUACUGCAAGAUCGACGAGUCUCGCAAUCGGGACUUCUCCGGAUGCCUACGCUUCGGGAAGAUUACUGGCGUUUGCGCUGCUCUACAGCGACACAACUACGAGUACACGGUGCAAGUUGAUAGCGGGGAUACCGAGUGUGUCGAGGAGCAGUACCUGCAAGAGCUGUUUUUGCCUGAGCUGGAUUGGGUGAGCCCGUACACCCGCGAAGUGGCAGUCUUUGUCGAAACGCACGGUGCCAAGAGGUUCGUGGCAGAGCUUAUCCGGCGAACAGAGGACGGAGUGUUUCAAGUCCGAUUUGCAGACGGCUCCUUGCUGGAAAACGUGAAGGCAGAGCAGCUGAGCCCACCUGCCGAAAAUGCCUUGCGUACUUCCCCAAGCAAAACACCACCGGAUGCGGAUUGGCUCCUGGAUCGCAAGAUCCAGGCCCGGAUCGAUGAUGUCUGGCCCAUUAAGAAGCGCAUUAAGGACGCUCUGGAGAAGCUUCGGACACCGCGGCCAGUCACGGCUCCAAUCCUGAGAGGGCCGUUUGUGGGCAAGGAUGCCGUCGACUCGGAAGGAGAGCCACGAAUACCACCCACACAGUUUGUCUGUUGUAGCUACGCUGCCCAUCCGAAGCCUGCGGAAGACUUGGUCGUCGAUGGUGAGUUCGUAGACACUUGGGGCAAGUUUGCAGGCAAGGUCAAGUUUGCUUCCACCUUCAAGGUUGGCCCUGCAUAUCCCAGAAUGGAGGUAUGGGUGGAGCAGGUUGAUGCCGCAGAGCCACUCUACUUCCAUGCAGCUUUGCCGGUGCAUGCUGGCCUCAUUUGCUUAGGCAAGUACGAGGGAAAUCCGGAGUGGAUCCGCUCCAGUGACGUCGCCCUUCUGGGCAUCAUGAUAUAUGCCGAUGGUGAACUUUGUUCCAAGCUUGACAAUCCAGCGCUUGUGAAACAUGGUGCACAAAAGUACGGCCAUGACAGCUGCCACUAUGUUCCCGGCUGUUCUUCGACAUAUUUGGUUGACAUGGACUGGAUAGGAGCUGUUUUCACUCUGGCGCCGUCGGACUCCGAUUUUGAGGUUCAAGACGACAUCUACAACAUUGUCACGUACCAUGAGAUUCUGGAGGCAGCAUCCAGCAAGCUGCAGGAGCACGGGAAUAUUUCAGCUUCCGAGCGUGCAGAGGUCCUGGUGCAGGUGGACCUGGUGCUGACGACGAGCUACCUGGCCACGAUUCGUCAGGUUUGCUGUGGUGCGGUGCGAGUGAUGUUGACCCAAAAGGGCAUGGAUGUCUCCCGCAAGCGCCUUAGGCAUGUGCUGAAGCACAGGUUUCGCUCACAAGCAGCCCUGUUCCCUAAAAGGCCCACGAAGGACCUGUCGAAGCCACGCUUCGAGGAUGGAGUGGAAGAUCGGAUCCAGAAAUAUUUGGAUGCAACUCUUGGAUCCAAUUCGAAUGCUUUGACCAAUUCAGCCAUCUGA